GAAGAAGUUCAACAGGGUCUUAAACAUUGUUACAUUUGUACUAUAUCAACUGUCUAAGACUCUUCACAUAUACCGGACACCACUAAAAUUAGAUCAAACACAUCUCAGUAUAGUAUAGAAGUUAGGAUAGCCAUAAGGAAUUAUGGUCAUGUUUUGAAAUGGAAAAUAGAGUGACAAAGAGUGGAAUCAGCAAGGAAUAAAGUAAACAAGCUGAAUUGUCUCUGCAUUGUCUCUGAAUUUUAAGAAAUGGUACAAUUGUAAUUAUAAAUGCAAAGAUUGGCACUAAGUGGAGGGUAAUCAUGAAUGAAUUGAACACAAGUGAUGAUACUAGCAGGAAUGUAACUUUAUCUGUAUAUAAGAGGGAGAAUGAGUCCUCUGAUGGCUCACACCAUGAGAAUGUAUAUAAGAGGGAGAAUGAGUCCUCUGAUGGCUCACACCAUGAGAAUGUAUAUAAGAGGGAGAAUGAGUCCUCUGAUGGCUCACACCAUGAGAAUGUAUAUAAGAGGGAGAAUGAGUCCUCUGAUGGCUCACACCAUGAGAAUGUAUAUAAGAGGGAGAAUGAGUCCUCUGAUGGCUCACACCAUGAGAAUGUAUAUAAGAGGGAGAAUGAGUCCUCUGAUGGCUCACACCAUGAGAAUGAACAAUUUAUAGUUGAAAACAACUGUUAUGAAGAGACAGAUAUGAAAAAAGUUGACAGGGAGGAUGAUCAUGAAUCAGAUAAUCUUGGAAAUGUCUUAAUGAGAUCCAGAGUGAAGCAUUCACCUGGACAUAUGUCUGAUAACAGGAAAACUUUAACAAAUGUUAAAGGGAACAAUGUCAAAUGUGGAAACAUGGACAUGAAUUCAAAUGCUAAGAAUGGCAAUUUAAAGACAAGCAUAGAUAUUGAUGUGAAAUCUGAAAAUGUUUUGGAGUCUGUUGAAAACAAUAAUGACAGAGAAAGAAAGAACAGGAACCCUUCAGUAAAGUAUGAGGAUACUCCAUUAGAUGUCAAUGAUACAUUAGCAGAAAAUAUAGAUGAUAUGCAAAUAAAUGAAACAGUUUUAAAGGUUAACUAUAAAGAUACCCAAGGAUCCAAAAGAGAAUCUGAUAACAAUUCAGCCAAGACAAACAACUCCAACAACAUUCCUCCAUACACACUCAUUGAUGAUGUCAUUCGUUCAGACAAAGCCAUUCAUGAUCUCAAAUACGAUCCUUUAAGUAUUAUUGAUGCCCAAGGUGAAUUAGGUGAAAGAAUUGCUGAAAUAGUUAAUGCUAGUAGAAUGCCUGUUUCCAUAGAGAGGAUCCCAUCUCAAAGGCAUAGUGCUGAACUUGUCUCAGACUGGUUGUUAAAGUUUCCUAAAUGGCCAUGUACUGAUGGUAAGUAUAUUGAUAACUCAUAGAGAGUGGAUCCGUAUGUCUGUAUGUACAGAAGUAUGUCCGGGCAAGAACUCAAUACCGUUGGCCCAAUAUUGUUUAUAUUUUAUAUG